AUGAUGAAGAGAACAACACGAACGAUGGAUGUGCCAAAAUUACGCAAAAAUUUGAAGGGACGCGGCCGUAUCGCAGAAACAAUGUGUUGUGGACAUUUCGGUGGAUUCGCAUACGUGAAAUUUGUAUUGCUGUGGCUGAGUUGUAUUGCGCUUGAUUUAUUGAUCGGAUUUCGUUUUGAGUUAUUAUAUCCGGUUUGGUUACUUAUGCGCAAUUGCUACGACUCAUUUCGAUUCCAGGGUUUCGUUAGCUCAUUGCAAUAUUCUGCUUUCUCUGCAUUUUUUGUAUGUGCGACAGUAACAACGGACCUUAUAUGUUUUAUAUUUCUUCCCGUUCAGCUGCUAUUCUUCCUUGCAAGCACAUAUGUGUGGAUCCUUCUAAUUUGGCAGACAGCAGAACGAGGUAUUGGUUCAGCUCAUUUGCUUCUGUGGAUCGCUAUAAUAUCGUUCGAGUAUAAUUGGCGUUAUCGAGGAGAUUCGCCGCUGCAGCUUUUAAAAGGUUCGACGCUUGGGUUGGCACUCAAUUUUCUAACUGGUGGUAUAUUGACGAAAUGGCUAGAACUACGUGAUUUAUCAACCAAUGGCGAGGUUACAAGUGAUUCUUCGAAAGAAUGUUAUCCACCAGCACGAUUUGUUAAUCCUGUCGAUAUUUGUCGUCCCUUUGCCGCACACUGCAUUGGAUAUCCAGUUGUUAUGUUUGGAUUUGGUCUCAAAACUUAUUUUAGACUUUGGCGAGUGAAAAGACGCCAGCGUGAAGUGUCUCUUGCUAACGAAGUAUAUUGUAAACUUCUAAUGGAGGCGUUACCUUCGUUAUAUGAAGGUCCGAAAAUAUAUUCGCGAUGUAACGGUACCGUAUUGCAGGACCAAGAACAAAUAGAGUAUGAAUCCGAAAUUUGCCCUGGUCCGUUGCAAAAUUUAGCUAUUUGUGCAUCACCUUCAUCAGCUGUCAUAGCACAUCGGAAGAACUCACGUGGGACGGGUUGGAAGCAAAAUAGUUGGAAGCAUGUGGCCAUUAAUUCCAAAAAAGUUUGCGCUCCCUCAAAUGGGUCAUCAUCAAUACGAAAGGAAAGAGUAGUAAGAGAAAAUAACGAUGAUGAUGAUACAGCUAGUUCUGUUUCACUGUCGGUCACUCCAAGAAUGUAUUUAUGGCGCAUAAUAUGGGAUUUACUUUGGGGCAUAAUGUUGUACAUAUUGGGUGGUGUUGUUGAGUCACCGUCACCAUCAUUAGACGAUCGUAUAUCACUGUCUUCAAAUGAAAUGGAAAGCGAGGAUGAAAUGAUGGACCAAGAAGAAACAUCAUCUCAACCAGACGAUGCUUCACCAAGUUCUAAUCGUUUAGGAUCUAUUCAUCGGCAUUCAACCAGUUCGAAAAAAAAUAAAAUAUUCAUUUCGAGCUCGGGAAACUAUUCUCGAGCAAAAGGUGGACGUUCACGGGGACGUCAUAUACAAAAUCACAAUGGCUAUAUCUUAUCGCCACUGACACCUGCAACUGCGUUAUCGUCAUCAACAUUGAGCGCUAAUUGCGCAUUAAAUAAUAAUUUCUUAAAUCUGGCAGCUGGUAGUAUACAGCAGGAUAGGCAAAUGUACAAUUCUGCUAGCAGUACAGGUUAUCAAAGUAUAUCGAUUAGCGGUAUUAAUGUUGAAAAUGGAAAUCCAUCUGCAUGCGAUGCAACCGCUUUUGAUAGGAAGGCCAGCGAAUAUGAUGCUGAAGAAUUGGAAACAUUACGUAAUGACUUACGUGUGGCACGAACACAAGAAACGGAAUUACGCUUCAUGCUACAGCAGUAUGUUAAUGGAGAAAAGCGAUUGAAAGGGGAAUUACAUCAGUUAAAAUUGAAGCAAGAGCACAGUGAAAAUAAGCUUGCAAAUAUAAUGAAGGCACGCGAACAGGAUAAGUCAACGAUGCAGUUACUAGAAAAGAAAUUAAUUGAUAUACAAAUGAAAAAAAAUGAGUUAGAAAAAGAAUUAAAUGCAGAAAAGCGUAGCAAAAUUAAGGAAGAGCACGCUUCUGCGCGUGCAUUAGCCGCAGCGCAGUCAAACAGAGUUAUUGAAUGUGGUGAAGCAUGUAGAACAAGGAAGGCUGAUUUGGAAAAGGAACUAAGGAUCGUUCGACGUGAACUGAAGGCUAAGGAGGAACUUAUAAGUGAACAUGAAGAGGAAUUGCGGCAGUUACGGCAGUACAAAGAAAGCAAUGAUUUGCAGGGACUGCAUGCUACACUUCAAAUUAUUCGUGAGAAAAACACCCAUCUGGAGAACUCAUUGUCAGCAGAGAAUCGACUAAAACAGAAAUUAUUUUAUGCUUUAAAUGAAGCACGAGGACAGAUGGCUGAUUUCCGGCAACAGCUUCUUGCAAAGGAAGCAGAUUUGCGUCUGAAAAAUGUUGAGUUAAUGAAUUUGCGAGGGCGAUUUGGAAGUGGUACAGAUGACCAAUCAAAAUUAUCACCUACUGGAGAUAAUCGAGUAUCGCUGCAAGUGAAAACAACACGCUGCAGUCCAGCAGGUAGCGCUGUUAUGCAAUCUGUUGUCAGUGAUAUUAGCGGCAUUAUGAAACCACAUGUAGUAACAGAACAGGACAUUUUCAACAGUACAGGCAAUACUUACAUGCCAUAUACAUUCAUCACACACUCAUCUCAUGAUGAACAUUCCCUGUUUGAUAGUCCAGUCACGAUAUCCCACCAGACUUCUACGAUACCGCCAGACUCGGUGAGUCCACCUCCGUCAUCAUGUCUCCCCAACGUCAGUUCAGACGCUUUUCGUUUCACAAACAGCAAAUUUAGCCCAGCAUCGACUAACACCAGCUCUCCAAAAAAUUCGUAA